AUGCCUGUUAUCCCAGCACCACCAAGUACGACCCUACAGUCUUCGAACGAACUCCCACGGACACUAUGGAUGGGCGAUCUAGACCCGGGUUUCGAUGAACUCAUAAUUGUAUCCAUAUGGAUGAGUCUUGGAAAGUCCGUGAAGGUGAAACUCAUCAAGAGCAAGACCAAUGCCUUGAUUCCGAUCAAUACGGCGUCGAAUUCGAACUCGAAUAGCGCAUCGAGUAGCGCCUUGGAAAUCAACGGCGUCUCAUUCAUUGACCCAAACAAGACCAAUUUGCAUCAUGCGGGCUACUGCUUUGUCGAGUUCGAGUCGUUUGAAGAUGCCCAACAGGGAUUAUCGUUGAAUGCGACGCCGAUUCCGAACAUUCCAUGCAAUACAACUUCUUCGAAAAGGACUAAUGACGAUGGGAAGCGCAAAUUCAGGCUAAAUUGGGCCAACGGAGCGACGCUACAUUCGACUAUCGUGCCCACGCCGGAGUUCUCGUUGUUUGUCGGGGACUUAUCGCCGUUUGCCACUGAAGCUGAUUUACUAUCUUUGUUCCAAACGAAGUACAACAGUGUGAAAACUGUGAGAGUGAUGACUGAUCCUAUAACGGGGGCCUCGCGAUGCUUUGGGUUCGUCAGGUUUGCGAACGAAUCCGAAAGGAGAAACGCUCUAAUAGGGAUGAACGGGGUUCAGUUCCAGGGUAGGCAGUUACGCGUUGCGUAUGCUACGCCAAGAAAUAACGUACCUCAGCAACAUCUGUCCAAUAACAUAUCCCAAGGUCAACCACAAUCCCAGGCACAGUCUCAGUCUCAGUCUCAACAAAACCAAAACCAAAACCAAAACAAGCAUCAUCAUCAAGCCCAAGCCCAAGCCCAAUCCCAAUCCCAAUCCCAAUCCCAAGCCCAAGCCCAAGCCCUAGCCCGAGCUCACGCCCAAGCCGUAGCCCAAGCUCAAGCUCAAGCCCAGGCUCAGGCUCAGGCUCACUAUCACGCCCAGCAACAAGCACAACAGGCGCAGACUCAGGCCCAACACCAACAACUGUUACACCUGCACCAACUAACACAGCAGCAACAACAACAACAACAACAACAACAACAGCAACAGCAGCAGCAGCAGCAACAACAACAUCUGCGGCAAAGCCAACUGCAGUUUCACAAUCAGCAGAUGGCCUCACAACAACACCCCAACAACAACAGCACCUCCACCAACCAGGUCAUAAACCCCAUGUUGAACCAGACUGCCCCAAUGCUUUUGGACACUGCCAACGUUAUCGUUUCGUUGCAAAUGCCCUCAGCUUCGAAUAACUCGGAUGGUCUAGAUCGUAUGAACACAGGCUCCACGUCGGUUACAACAUCUACCACCUCAGCACCAACUCCUGCUAUAACCUCGAACAGCACAGGUAUCGGCAGCCCCACGAUCUCAAGUAUUAGCAACAGCAUCAACAACAACGCAAGUCACAGCAAUGUGAGUAUUUUUAAUGAACAUUCCCCAAUUUCUUCAACAACCACAACUGCAACUGCAACAUCAACGUACACCGGUAACGGUAAUACUAAUGCAUUUAACAAUCACUACCAGCAUUACCAUAACAACAACAAUAAUAAUAACAACAUAACACCACCAAGUACUACUGUUUUUGUAGGUGGCUUGAACCCGAAUGUUAAUGAACUACAGCUCUUCAACCUAUUUAAAGCAUUUGGUACUAUCACAGAUAUCAAGGUACCUCCUGGCAAGCAAUGUGGUUUCGUCACUUUCAAUCAGAGAGUUGAAGCCGAAGCCGCAAUUAACGGAGUACAAGGAUUCGUGCUAAUGGGAUCCCCAAUCAGACUCUCAUGGGGAAGACUGAAUCCAGCAACCUCUACACCACCAUCAGAAAACAACUCAGCUGCUCUUUCAUCGUCGUUCUUGUACGUAUAA